AUGGCGUCGGCUCCCGUCUCCUCAUCGAUGUUCAUGCGGCUCGUGAGCACAUGGAGACUUUUAGCACUCAGAAGUGACGUCGAUAGCAUCAUACUCGAACUUCUUGGGGUCUUCUCGCUGGAGAAGAUCUACUCUGAAGGUGACAAGGAGACGUACCAGCAGUUGCUUGUGACCUUACUCGCCCAGCUGAAUUCCAUCUUCUAUAUUCAAAGGCUCUCUUUACCUUCAGAAAACUUGCAGGUCGGAUGGUACCUAGGGUUUAUUGUCAGCUGGGAGGUGACCUUGCGUUCGAUAGAGUAUGUACUGCAGAUAGUUAUAGAAGGGCGAGAAAGCCUCUGGGAGGCACAGCUGCUGAGGGACAAAUAUCUCGCUGAAUUCCUCCUCUCUGCACUUCGAGUUCUCACGCUACAUCCCAAGACUCCGGCAAACCAGCGAGCCAAGGACCGCCGAGAUCGUUUUGCGAGAAUACACACAUCUUUGGAGCGAGUGUUCAGUAGCUAUCCAGGAAACAACUCAUUUCUCUUACAAAUUGCCAAGGAUAUCACCGACGCCUUGCGCAAAGAUCCUGAAUCUCUGGGUCUUCCUUCCGGGCUGAAGUAUGAGAUUCCAAACUUGGCAUCCGAACUAUACCCUCUUGCGGAAUGUUUCUCGUCCGCACGAAUAUCUGCACUUGCACCACCAGAUGGCUUCUCUAGCGGCUGGCUAUCCCAAUUUCUGGCUCUAAGAGAUGUUUCUCAUUUUGUAGUGGGAGCAUCCGUUCAAUAUGUCGUAAACAGGGAAAAUCGUGGUAUGCACCUUCAAGCGUCAUCAUCUAGGGCUCGAAAUGCUAUUCUGCACACACUGGAUAAUAUACAGCUGCCAGCAUAUCUAUUGAAGAUUGACUUGGUUGCUGAAUUCAGCGAGACCUUUCGAAUAAUCUUACCCAGUACGCCGAGUCUACAACGACGAGCUUCCGAAUCCCAAAUCGACGAAAGUGAAAUGGAUGCAAUAGACGCUUUCUGUUCCAGGCUUAGCGAACGGCAAAUAGUACAUCGGGUGAGUGAUAGAGAGGUGAUGCAUGCAAUGUCAGAAGUUACUAGAAAUAUCGCGCUUCUCGACGAUUCUAGUGAGCAGUUCAGACAUAUAUGGGGGCUUUUAAAACCAUUCGAAGCGACUGCAGAUACAAUCAACGUGGAAAGACACUUAUCAACACACUACUUCCAACUUGCACCUCCAAAAGUCGAGGCAGGCGUAUCUCAUUUCAGCUCCAGCAAUGUACUUUCAAGUGGCCAAACGGAAUUUUCGUCUCAUCGUGAAUCACCGGACAGGUCUCAUUCUAUCUCACAGAGCCUUGUAUCGCCAUUAUCACCCGGGUUCCGCCAUAUGCCAGACGCGCCCGCGCCACAGAUGAAUUCUGUGGACUCGUUCAACAUCAAGGAGACGAUAAUUCAGUCUGAGACACCGUUCUCUCCGGAUUUAGUCGGUAGUCCUGGUCCAAGUCAAAGUCGGUUCGAACAACCGGCCCCGGUAUUGUCAUUUGACCCCGUUCCGAUAGUCAGAAGUCGAACAAUUCCAAUGAUAGCUCCGCCCGAGAAAGGGAAAUCCAAAUGGAGAUCUCCAUUUGGUUCAAGAAAAGAAUCUGUAGGUACUUCAGCAGAUACAAGCUCGCUAUCAUCAUCAAACUUAGAUUCGCAAAGGCUUGAUGAAAUUUCGUUGAAGCCAUUAGCCGGGGUCCCGAAAAAGAAUGCCAAGGGCAAAGGGGCAAAAAGCAUAAGUGUCUAUCUUUCUCAGAAUUCGACUUACGCACUCUUUUGGAAUCCUUUCUCGAUUUACAUAUUUGACGUUGGACCUUCCCCUCCAACAAUUGGAAGAGCGAUUUCGACUGAGAGCGCAUGCGUCUUGGUAGCUGUUACGAAAGUUCAUCUUGCAUAUGUGAUUGGCACACGCGACCAGAAACUCACCCUUCGAAUUGUGAAUCUGGUUCAACCAUCGACCCCGGCGAUUGAUUAUCGCAUGGCCUCCUCUCCCUGGUGUAGGAGUAUAGCAAUCUGUCCUAAAGAAAAUUAUGUUGUGAUUGGAUUUGAUAACUCCCUGGUCCGUCUCUAUUCCACUACGAAUAGUGAACCGCCCAGGGAAGACCGUCUUCAUAGCCGCUAUCACCCAGAAUGUAAGGAUUGUCCACCAGUCGAUACUCUCUCAUUCUCAAACGAUGGACUGCAUCUCCUCGGCACUACGAGGAGUCAUAAAACCGGGAUAAUCCAAGUAUAUUCAUGGAAAUUUCCAUUUUCGAGUUUCGACGAGGUCUCCUCUUGUCGGUACCAAGUGCCAUUGCAUGAGUCGGAAGAUGGCGGAGUGUCAUCAGCUAUAUUUCGAUCAGGCUCGGGCGACGACGAAGACGUGAUAUGCAUCACGACGUGGACUCAAUCUGGAGUUCCAAUACUUGUUCAGCCCCAAGAUGGACACAGGACAGAUAUCAGAAGCGAAAUCUCAGUUCGGCAGAACAGGCUCGGAUCUCGAAUUCAGUGCGCUGCUUUUUCUCCGACCGGCACAGAGCUCGCGUUAGUCAAUGAUAAAGGUGAUCUGUACCAGAUUUCGAGCCUGAAUUCGAGUCCCAUGAAUAUCAACAAGCUAGCUACGUCUAAAGAGUUGACAGCAAAAUCCGAAUCGUUCGCAAUGACUUUCAUGACAUUGCCGGACGAAGAGGCGAUUGUAAUGGCAUGGGCGGAUUUUGCAAAAGGAAUGGGGUAUAUUAAAAAGCUCCCUACAUCUUCAUCUGGAAUGGGAUCUGUGACAUCCACACCUGGCAUAACACGAGCAAUCCCUGAGACCUCUCACUUCGAGCUACAUGCCGAAAGCAAGCAGCCCCCGCAACCUCCCGCGGAGUUGGUGUCGCCUGAUACACCGUCAAUGUUCAAGAGCAUGAAGGGGUUGGGCUUGGCCAAGGAUAAUUCCUUUUGA